GUCUGUGUUUUUGUAUAGUACCGAGGCACCUCACUGAUUGAGGCUAUUACGCUGUCUCCACACCGUGGAAGCCUGAAGGAUUCACUCUUCACUCUUGACAUUCAACAGAUUGGGAAAUAUCCAAAACACUCACAAUAGGUCAUCAUAUAUGCUAGAUAAAUAGACAUCCAAGCAGUCGUUUGACAUUAUCGAAAGUAGAGCUUUUAACAAUUUUGACUGGAAGGAUCAUUACUGUGAACCAAGAUGGCUGCCGCAAUCAAGAGUCAGGAUCCAGUUAUGCAUGAGCCAGAGGAAGAGGGAGUACCUCAAGGGAUCUGUGGAGUACUCCUUGGCCCACCAGGAGCUGGAAAAGGAGUCCAGGCACCCAAGCUUGCAGAGAAGUACUGCGUAUGUCACCUGGCAACGGGUGACAUGCUGAGGGCGGUCAUCGCCUCAGGCUCGGACCUCGGUAAGAAGCUGAAGGUGGUGUUGGACAGCGGUAAGCUGGUCAGCGAUGAGCUGGUGGUGGAGAUGAUUGAUAACAAGCUGGGUGCACCCGAGUGCAGGAAUGGCUUCCUUCUAGAUGGCUUCCCAAGGACCGUUGUCCAGGCUGAGAAGCUGGACGAACUUCUCACAAAGAGGAAGACUGCCCUGGACUCAGUAGUCGAGUUCGGCAUUGACGAUUCACUGCUUGUGAAACGAAUCACCGGACGGCUGAUCCACAAGCCCAGUGGGAGGUCUUAUCACACAGAAUUUAGCCCUCCAAAGAAGCCUAUGACUGAUGAUGUAACUGGUGAGCCACUGAUCAAGCGAUCAGACGACAACGAGGUAACGUUGAAAACACGCCUUGAAGCCUACCACAAGCAGACUGCACCUCUCGUUGAUUAUUACUCCAAACGAGGGAUCCAUCAACGUGUCGAUGCUGCUAGAGCACCUGACGCCGUCUUCGCAAGCAUCCAGACAAUUUUUGCUAAAGCGCAGACUGGAAGAAAAGAUAAAGUUGUAUUCAUUUGAUUGUAGAACUACUUAGGAGUAUGAGACUGCAGCUAGUCACCACAAAGCCUGGACAAAGUUAAUAACAUAUCAGUGAAACUGAAAAUUAAAGAAAGUUGUUGUUCAGGGAUUAAUAAUUCUAAAAUUCUCUUUCUGUAUCUGCAAAAUAUUCAUAUGCUGUGGGACUGUUCAGAACCUGAACUUUGAAGAUAGAAAUAUCAAGAAAAGGAAUUUUUUGUUACUUUGUUUCUGCUUUGUGGUGUCUGGUUACAGAUAGCUUUAUUUCUCUUGUAAUUACAAAUCAGAAGGGGCUAUGCCUGCUGGAGGAAAGCUCAAGUGCUAUUUGAUGGGAUUUAUUGGGGGUAGCGUAGAUGACUAUUGUCUUACAUUUCAGACUUGUGUGGAAUUUUGAAUGUAAUGAAUUUGGAGCUCUAUUUUAUUACCUGAAUCAUGUCUGGAGUAGAAACUUCUGCCAAAGACUUCAUAGAAGUCUAUACCUACGAGCGAUAUGAAUGUGGGAUUUACUACAUGUUUACAUUAUGUUUACAAUAUGACACUUGUUAUCUGCAAUAUAUAUGGAAGCAUUGGUAAAAUCAUUGGUUUUACAUUGGUUUUACAUUGCACUACUGAUGUAUUAUUUACUUGCAUCCAAAUGUAUUGUUUUCGACCUUUUGAAGAGGUCAUAACUCUAUUUUAUUUUCAUUCUCUAUUUCUGUAUUCUCCCCCGUUCCCAAUUUCUCUGCAUUAAUCCCAGAUAUAAUGCUAAAUAUGUGUAUGAUCUUCUUAUGUUCAUUGACUGAAUUUGCCUUAUUUUUGUGCUUGAAUAAAGAUUAUUUCAUUACCUGUUCGCCUUUAAGUCUGAAAAUCAUGAUUAACAUUUAUUCAUGAAGUGGUAGAGCUGUACUGUAGAACCAAUAACUUUCACAACAUGGCAUUUUCACUAAUUCCUCACUUUGGCAGCAUAAAUUGAGACCAUUUUUUUAAGGCCUGUCUUCCAAUUUGCCAAUGCCAUGAAACUUUUGUGAAUCUAGACCACAUACAAAAUUUGCCAUAGAUUCUUGUACGUGAAAACUUCUGGUUUUACAGUGCACCAAUACAUACAUACAUAAUCAGCUCCUAUAAUAGGGGUUUAGUGUAAUGAAUGCAACUAUAAAAAAAAUGAUCUUUAAAAAAAAACUUUCUAAAAUUGUAUUCCAUUUCCAUACUGCUGCAAUUCUACUUUGCUCUUAUAUUAUUUUAUCUUCAUCUUCCCACAGAAACACUGUGAUAUGUAACUUGUUUAAGUCUUAGUAAUUUUGUUUCCAUGCUGUAUUGUAUUGGUUUACCAAAGACCUCAACAUCAUUGGACUCUUAAAACCAUCUGAUCCCAAAUUAAACCAUCUGACCCCAAAUUAAACUGUAUGUAUAUCACAUGAUCAUGAAAACAGCAUUUUCUUUCUCAGGAAGCGGUCACAUUUACUAUAGUCAAAUUUGAUGAAAUGUCAAAGCUUUCUCUAUUCUUUGUGCAAACAGUUUUCUUUAUUUGGAGAAAAGAAAGGGCCUUUUCUGCUGAUGACUGUUUUCAUGUUUUCUUUAUAGCAACAAAUCUUUGUUACAAGUCAUUGCGAUAAUUACUGUAGAUGAUAAAUUGGAUGUUAUAGGAUAGUACUAGAUAUUGUUUUCAAAGUAGAUUAUUCAAAAAUUCACUUUUUUUGCUUUUGUGUUCAAAUUACAUGUCUUUCCUUCAGGCUUGUCAUUACCAAAUUUAAACAUACUAACAUUCAUGAUUAGCUUGUUUCUUUUUUUAAAAUUUUUUUAAAUUUUAAAAAAAUCAAUUAAUUUGUCAUAAAAUGGGAAGGAGAUACGAAUAUCUGUUUAUAAUAUCUUCUUUGUGAAUUAUUUAUCUCUCUCAUUCUCUUCUAUGUAAUAACAUUCACUUCCAAUGCAUAUCCUAUUACUGCUCAAAAGAUAUAACACUGUACACAUUAGAAUGAAAUUCACAACACUUUUCUCUCUGCGAUAGUUUAUCUAGCUUGUAUUUACAUGUACAUGUACAUUGUAUUAACAAAUUCAGGAAGACAAAGAAAUAAACAUACAGUGAUCUUUAUUACUGAUUAUACUGGAGAGGGAAAUUGAUAAUUAUGCUCAAUAAAUUGAGAUUUCUAUCAUAA